AGUACCUGGCUCACCAUCCACGUCAGUGCCGUCGUCCUACGCCCGCACCUCUGAUCAGCACGGUUGGAUACGUCCGGUGCCAUUAGAAGUUCAUACAAUACACGAUACACUACACUACCAUACACUGCGCAACAUACACCACACUACACACCACACUGCUACACAUUAUACACCUCACAAUAUACACCACACUAUACAUCACAACUCUACACUACGCCACUACUCUACAAUACACCGCUACUCUACACUACAUUAUACAAUACACUAAAAAUUACACUAGACACUACACUGCACACGCCUACUUUACACUAUACACUAUACUACCACACUAUACACGAACACGACUACUCUACAAUACACUAGUACACUACUGCUGGAGAAGACGCCGCCAUGGGUCUCGACGUCUCUCGCCCCACAUCGCGACCGCCCAAGUCGAGAGUGGUGGGGGGCUCCCCCUCCACCCCCUCCGCCCCCCCCUCCGAGGGGCCCCUUAACUCGCGAGUCGCCGCCGACAAAGGGGGGGGUGGGGGUGACACGGACGUCGAAGCGGCGACGUUGGGGACGGAGCGAGUCAGGGACCUGCUGGCGGUGUCUCUCUUCAGCCUCGUCUACUGCAACUGCCUCUGCCUGGGAGUCGUAGCCACGGUGCUUUCAAUCAAGGCGAGGGAUCGACGUCACGUGGGCGACACCCGCGGUGCGCACCGGGUGGCACGCGCCGCCGCCAUUUUCAACGCCACCGCGUGGCUCGCAGGCGCCGUGGUGCUGUGCAUUGUGGGCUUCUACGUGGCCUUCAUCGUCGUGGUCAUCGCGCGGUCACGUGACACGGCCUGGGCCUCACGUAGUGGAAGCAAUGGCAGCGGGAGUGUCGGGACUAGUUCCCUGCCUCCAGGUCUGUGGGACCGUGAUGAGCAGCUGAUAUAUCCAGGCAAGCAGUGAGUUACGUGGAGGAGGCAGCCGCAGAGAGAGAGACACACGCACAAAACCUCUAAUCCGCUCUUUAAAGAUUAAAUUGUUACGAAUGUGAACCUCCUGA